GCCGUCGCGCUCACUGUCUGUAGAUCCGCGGUCGUGUACGGAGCGUUUUUCAGAGCCAACAUUUCGAGUGUCCUGUGCUGUGCUGUGUCAGUGCCCGUGUUUGUGCAUAAUAGUGAAAAUUCCCAAAUUUGUUUGCCAGAAAAUCGCAAAAAGAACCGGUUCAGUCAGCAAAUCCGCCUGCAACCGGGUCCUUUACCAGUAGAGGAGGGCGGAAAAUCCGGAUUUUUUUCCAUCACUUCGGUGUCAAUUAACAUUGUGUCUGCUGUCAUUUUACGCAUUUGAUUUUUCAUUUUCCGGAGUUUCCUGGACCAAAGAUAGCUUUUGAAGUGUGAAAAUCGUUCAUAUCGAAGUCGUGGGUUACCGCUUGUGGUCCCAAAGGUGGUCAAUCAAGUGACAGCAGAGGAAAAAGUGUUUACGUAAUUUCGCUGAAUUUUCGUUGUGUAAUGUGAAGAAUCGUUCUCGUGUGUGCAAGAAGAGAACAGCAGUCAGGUUUUAGCAAAAAUUGUUCACCCCCGGAGUCCGCGUGUGGGGAAGAAGAAAGACGGUCUUCGGUUUCGUGCGAGUGUAUUGGUGCUGGCCCUUUGCUGAACAGCAGUUCCAUCCGUUUCCCCCCUUGUUGACCAUCGUCGUUGUCGUCGUCAUCCAAAGCUCUAUCUGUUCACCGCUCUCCACGAGUUUCUUUCGAAACCGAACGUCAAACGCAGUGAGACAGGACCUCUUUUCUGACGGUCGGCGGUACAUAUUCGGUAGUUGUGUAAUGGCGUUUCUGCGUUCGGUCGCUCGGUGCAAUAGUCUGGUCUCGCGAAAAGUGUCCUCCACGUCAUCUGUGGUCAGCGGUAGUAUCCCGGUUUCAAGCUCGCAACGUGGUAUCCCAUUUAGUGAUGCACUAAGCGUCAAUCAGUAUCAGGCUUCACUGACCUAUCUUAGCCAGGUCUUGGCCGGAGGGCAACUUCACCAGCGACGGUUCCGAUCGGUGACGGCAACUGCCAGUCCAAGUAGUGUCCAUGUCGCCAAACAGCAACAACAGCAGCAGGACAAUCCCAGCUCGCCGCAGCGCGAUCCGCUGGACGUCAGCUUCAAUGAUCCGAAUGCGGCGUUCAAGAGCAAAACCACCCUCGAGCUGAUCCGGGCCUAUUUUGUGUACGUGCUGUGCUCGUCCGAGUUCCUCGUCGAAAACAACAUGAAGAUCAUGAAGCUCACAAAAGCUAUUAUAGGAGACAAGCUGUUUGUCCAGUUGAUGAAGUCAACUUUCUACGGACACUUUGUCGCCGGAGAGGACAGAUUCCGGAUCGUGCCAGCGCUUGAGAGACUGCGGUCUUUCGGCGUUAAACCCAUCCUAGACUACUCAGUAGAGGAAGAUCUGUCCCAGGAGGAAGCAGAGAAGCGUGAAGUGGAGAAUUUGAGAGUACAACUAAUGAAGAGAAUCGCAAGAAUGAAUUUUCCCAUUCCUCGUCCCCGUGUGUGCAGCGAAAAUCAUUUAGGAAACCCUUCGACAAUGCUUUUGGGUAUUAGUGCCGAAAAGAGGACGGCAAUCCAUGUGCGCAGGGCUUCUGUAUCGUCCACCGGGACGAACCUGUCUGCUGAGGGCCUCUCCCUGCCCCAGUACAGCGUGGAUAAAACGUUCGCCGAUCGACGCUACAAAGUACAAAGUGCACGUACCUACUUCUAUCUAAAUGAAGCGACCUGCGAACGCAACAUGGAGACAUUCCUGGAAUGUCUGGAUGCCGUUAAAGGUGCUACCUUCGGUACUGGAAUCACCGCCAUCAAGCUUACCGCCCUCGGACGACCUCAACUGCUGCUCCAGCUGUCCGAGGUCAUCAUGCAGGCCCGUCACUACAUGAGGGAACUGGCCGGUGCUACCGGUAACGUCCUAACACAUCACAAAACGAUCCAAGAUCUCGAACGAUACCUGAGCAACGUGGCCGACCAGAAGGAAGUUAAGAAAUUUUUGGAGAAAGUUACCUCGGAUAAAGAUGGUAUUUUGCACUUGUUCCCCUGGUCGGGAAUCAUCAACGAAGACUGCGAACUGAGUGACACCUUCCGAGUACCGGAUCCAGAGUCUGGACAGAUGCGUAGAUUGAUCUCACAGAUUCCACCCAAAGAGGAAGAAAUGUUCCGCAACAUGAUUAGACGAUUGAACACCAUUGUAAAGACUGCCCAAGACCUAGACGUGCGUAUAAUGAUUGACGCUGAACAGACCUACUUCCAGCCGGCCAUUUCGCGUAUCACGCUGGAAAUGAUGCGAAAGUACAACACUGAGAAGGCAAUCGUUUUCAAUACGUAUCAGUGCUACUUGAAGGAUACUUACAAAGAGGUAUGUACCGAUUUGGAGCAAGCGAAACGACAAAACUUCUACUUUGGAGCUAAGCUGGUGCGAGGUGCGUACAUCGAACAGGAACGGGCUCGAGCCGCUGCUCUGGGCUACGAUGAUCCAACGAACCCAUCGUUCGAAGCAACCACGGAGAUGUACCACAAAACGCUGACCGAAUGCUUGAGGAGAAUCCGGAUCCUUAAGGAUUCGAACGAAGAUCCGAAAAAGAUUGCCAUUAUGGUGGCUUCGCACAACGAGGAUACGGUGAGGUUCGCCAUCGAACAAAUGAAGGAAAUUGGAAUCCACCCCGAGGAUAAGGUCAUCUGCUUCGGCCAGCUACUGGGCAUGUGUGACUAUAUCACUUUCCCGCUCGGUCAAGCCGGCUACUCUGCCUACAAGUACAUCCCGUACGGUCCGGUAAACGAAGUGCUACCAUACCUAUCCCGGCGGGCCCAGGAGAACAAGGGUGUACUGCAGAAGAUCAAGAAGGAGAAACGCUUGCUGCUGAGCGAAAUCACCAAACGACUAGCCAAGGGCCAACUGUUCUACAAGCCCAAGGGUAACUAUACGCCGAUCUAAGAUGUUCAGCCUAGGAAUUAGAAUGAAGAAUGAGAUCAAAGUUACGUCCCAUGGUAAAACAUAUAAACACACAUACAUAAACAAAAUAAAAAGCAACACAUUUAACUGGGCACAGGCUGCAUUACAGAAUCGGAUUUCCAUCAGGUCGCCGGAAGCGGAAAUAAGUGUGUUGUGAUUGUACUAUUAAUUGUACUGGCAAAACCCCUUCUAGAGCCUUGCUGUUAGGAAGCGGUAUCGAAAUGUACUAGCGAUGAGAAUGUAUCAAAAAAACAACGCUUUUUAGAGCAGAGGAAAUACAGUUGGACAGUUUCUCAAAUUAUGUUAGUAAACAAAUGAUGAUAUUUAAAGCUCAUCCCUUAGCCCCUCGGAAAGACGGCAACUCAAAGUGAAAACUUUCCGGUUUUCAACAAAUGGCUGCGUUUAUUCAAGUGAAGGAAACAGAAUCGAUGAUUUGUGAUUGUAAUUUUAGUUUUAGUAACUGAUACGUUUUAAGGCGAAUAAUUUUUAAUAAACGAACAACGUUUUUUACGUUUAACCGUUAGCAUUGCAGCGUUUUUGGUACGAAAGCACUGCUGAGCCAAGUGGUAUUAUGAUUUAAUAUUUGUUUAGUAAAACCUUUUCAUUAGUUGAGCAAAAGGAACACGAAUCUGAUACUCCUCGAUAAGUUUACAGUUCAUGCACCAGCAAUAGUCCAAUUAGUAGGAAACACAUUAUUAUGACAUACACUAAACGAGCAAAGAAACUGCCUCAGGACGACAAAUAGUAGCGAAAAUUACCAUCAACCAACCAAAACCAAAACUAGAAGAUACGUUCCGAUGAUGUCCUGGAAAAAGUGUCGAACUAGUGAAGUGGUAUUUAUUAGGUGUUCAAAAAAAAUGAAUCUCUAGGUGUUUAUCUCGAAAUUGAAAAAAAGCGGAAACGUUCUCUUGUUCGGUACGAUGGCGUUCUAUAAAAUUGGUUACACAAGGUAAUUGGUCACCGGGAAUUUUUCAAUCCUUGCUCAUUGAACGACCAAGAGUAAUGUUAUUCAAUGCACUACCUCGUAUAUUGAGGUCACGCUUGGUGAAAACCGUUUUCAGAUUGUUAUUCGGUCACAUUCAAAUGGAUAAAUCUAACCUUAUAUUCAAACACUUACGAGUGGUAUUUUUUUCGUGAUAUAAUUUCUAUGAUUUCCCGGCCCUGGAUUGUUCUUUCACGUUUCGGGACGUGAUUCGCUGCAUUAUUUGAAGGGGAAAAGCCGACCGAUGAUGUAACCCUUUUUAUAAUCGCAACAAUAAGGGAACGUCCCUUUUCCCGUUUCCCAAAUUUCAACAAUUUCCUUUUCAUGAAAUCAAGAAACCAAAUAAAAAGAAACCACACAAAGGAACGCGCACUUGAUGAAAAUGACUCUGAUUACAAUUAAUGAUGGGAGAAAAGUUGACAAUAAACAUUGAAAGUGAAAACAAACAAAACAAAACCGUAAAAAGAAACAAAACUAUCGUAUAACCGAAACCAAUUGAAAUGUGAACGGAUAUUACAAUUAACAAAACAAAAGUCUUGAACUAUGUGAAUGUAUAAUGUACGUUAUAAGUUACUGAGCAGGCAUUAGAUAACAAUGUGAACCGCUGUCGAAGCGCCUUUAGGCCACCUUGGGUGUUGUUCGAAAGGUGACGCAAGGUUGACAACCACAUACACCCCCACACACACAUAUAUAUUAUUAAUUACAAACUACUAUUACUGCAUACCUAUAAUAAAACGAGAGGAAAAACACAAUACAACACAAGCUAGUGAUGCUGAAAAACUGAAA